AUGUCCGAUCAAGACCUUCUUCCAAAUAAAUAUAGUGAAUUGAGAAGUAUCCACAGACACUAUAUCGAUUGCUAUAUUGCAUUGUAUCAGUUAAAAACUAAAGACGAGAAAGAAUUAAACACUUUUUACACAAUGAUCAAAUCAGAUUUAAUUCAUUCAAAUAAAUGUCAUCCUUAUGAUGUUGUAAAAGAUAUUUUAAAUAUCAUUCCGUUUAACAACCGCUAUACAAAGUCAUACUUGAAACUUGCGAAAGAUUUAUCUGAUGAUUAUCAAGUAACAGAAGUCAGAGAUAUUCCAACUAUUUCUAACUACUUGUUUUAUAAAGAAUAUGGAAUUAUUUUAGACAAAAAUUCAGAUUUCAAAAAAAUUACAUCAGAGAAUUUGGAGUUUCAUACAAAAGACACAAUUUACAGAGCAAUUAUGGAUAAUAACCUAGAAAGCUUCAUCUCAUUCACUGAAAGAAAUGGAUUUGAUAAAUUUCAAAAGUUUGAAAGCAGUUUAUAUCCUUAUGAUUACUUGAAUUAUGAUGGGUAUUCAUUACUUGAAUUAUGCUGUUAUCACGGAGCAGUUGAUUGUUUCAAGUUUUUAAGAACGAAAUUUAACUCAAAAAUAACUCAAAAAUGUUUGCAAUUCUCAUUUUUAGGAGGAAAUCCAGAGAUCAUGAGUGAAUGUUUGAAAUAUCGAAAACCAGAUGAAAAAUGCAUGGAAUAUGCAAUUAUUUCGCACAACAUUGAUUUUGUUACAUUCUUGAUGAAUGAAUACAAUAUAAAUAUCAAUUUAGAUUAUUGCAGACUUCACAAAAAUCUUGAUUCGUUUUUAGUUUAUUUCGAUCAAACUAAUGCUGUUGACAAAUGCUUUAUUAAUUCUAUAAUGUUCUGUAUUCCAUCACUUUGCAAAUAUUUCCUUUCAAAUGGUGCAAAUAUCAACGAAAAAGAUAAAGAUGGAUACAGUGCUCUUUAUAUUGUGACACUUUAUAAUUAUAAAGAAAUGAUCGAACUUCUUAUAUCACAUGGUAUAAAUAUCAAUGAAAAAGAUAAAAAUGGAUACACCGCUCUUCAUUUUGCAGCAAGAAAAUAUAAUCGUAAAGAAAUGAUCGAAAUUCUUCUUUCACACGGUGCAAAUAUCAAUGAAAAAGAUACAGAUGGAAACACCGCUCUUCAUAUUGCGACAUUUUAUAAUUAUAAAGAAACAGUUGAACUUCUUCUUUCACAUGGUGCAAAUAUCAAUGAAAAAAAUAAUAUUGGCAAAACCGCUCUUCAUUAUGCAUCAAAAAAUAAUUAUAAAGAAAUGACUGAACUUCUUCUUUCACAUGGCGCAAAUAUCAAUGAAAAAGAUAAAGAUGGAAAAACCGCUCUUCAUAUUGCAGCACGCAAUAAUAAUAAAGAUAUAGUUAAACUUCAUAUUUCAUAUAGUGUAAAUAUCAAUGAAAAAGAUAAAGACGGAUACACUGUUUUUCAUAUUGCUGUACUUAAUAAUUUUAAAGAAACAACUGACCUUCUUCUUUCACAUGGUGCAAAUAUUAAUGAAAAAAAUAACAUUGGUAGAACUGCUCUUCAUUUCGCAGCAAGAAAAAAUAAUCGUAAAGAAAUGACUGAACUUCUUCUUUCACAUGGCGCAAAUAUCAAUGAAAAAGAUAAAGAUGGAAAAACCGCUCUUCAUAUUGCAGCACGCAAUAAUAAUAAAGAUAUAGUUAAACUUCAUAUUUCAUAUAGUGUAAAUAUAAAUGAAAAAGAUAAUUACGGACAAACCGCUCUUCAUAUUGCAGCAUGGAAUGGUUGUAAAGAAAUCGCAGAACUUCUUAUUUCACAUGGUAUAAAUAUCAAUGAAUAA